AUGGAAGUUGGGAUUAGCAACAGACAAAACAUCAAAUUAUUUGCACAUAUCAUUAAUUGUCUGGCCAAGGUCGGAGAAGAGGUUGCCUUUGAAGUCGCUGUUAACUCUGUUAGUUUGACGACAAUCAAUGCCGGAAAAUCAAGCUUUCUUCAUUUCGUUUUGGCUCAUUCGUUUUUUGAUCGAUGGGCCGUGAUUGCCAACGCUCCGAAGAAAUUCAAGUUAACUCUGAAGAAUAUUGUACAUGUAUUUAAAUCAGCAAAUCAUUUGGAACAAUUGAAAAUAGUUGUAGAUAAGAACAAGAGCAAAGUAGUUUUCGAUUCAUUGGGAUUAUCUCAAGUUCAAAAAAUCUAUGAAAUUUAUUUCACCACAUGUGAUGUUUCCGUACCGGCAGAUGGUUUCAAACCAAGUUUUGAAUUUGUUGUGAACGCUGCAUACAUAUCUAAUUUACUCACUCCCUUCGGAAAACAUUCUGGAGAUAUUACAUUGCGUCUAGGAAAACGAAUAAUUUUAACAACAUCUCAACAACAAUCGGCAUCACCACAACAAAACCCUCAACAAGGUGCUGAUGGAGGAAACCCACAAUCAGAUCUGGUACAGCCAUCCUUCACUCAAUAUUACAUCCAUAUGAGCUCAUACAAUGAGAGGAAUGUACCAGAAAAACUAAGCGGAGUUCAAACUAGAUUGGUUGUUGACACUGUAAAUUUAGAGUCCUUCCAUAUUAUAGACCAAAACAAUGAUGUUGAACAAAUUCAUGGAGAUGAAAGAGUGGUUAGACCGUCUCCUCCACUCUCAUCUAACCAAGCUGUCCUUAACACUGAAGCAGAAUUGUCUUUUAGCUUUAAGGACCUCAAAGCUUUAAUCAGUUUUUGUGAAGUUGCAGAAUACAACAUGAGUUUUGCACUAUCUCAUCUGAAACAACAGCCUGUAGUUAUUACUUCUUGCUCUCUCUCAAAGGACCUUCAAGUAACAUUGAUGAUGGCCACAAAUGAUGUAGAUGAUAAUAAUGAUUCAUCAACAACUGAGACGUCCAUAACUUCCGCCCCAACUAGGAAACCAAGUCAGCAACAAACAACAUCUAAUGAAAAUCAAAUGAUGGAUGACCAAGAAUUAAGUUCCUUCUCCACUCCUCCAAAGCAACAACAACCAAAAAGAAAGCGGGUUGACCUUGAAGAUAGUUCAAUACUUGAAUCGCGGUUGGCUACAUCAGUUGGAUCAUCUUCCAUCUCUUCUGGAAAAUCCUUACACAAUCGUUUUCUUAAUGAAGAUAUUGAGCCAGGUGUCAUGGACAACUCGUUUGGCUUGAAUGGCGUCAACGAAAGAUAUAUUGAACUUUUCCCCCAUUCCUCAUCCAGCCUUUCCACACCUCCAAAUCGUGGCCAAAACAGCGGAACAGGCAUGGAAGAUGAGGAAAAUGAAGUUAUUGCCCAAAGACACAUAUCAACUAAUGCAAGUAAUGAGUUUGGUGACGACGAUGAAGAAGAGGAAAUGGUCCAAGCUACUCCCUCACCUAAACGAAAAAAGUAA